GUGCUCAGUAUCAACAUCCUUCCGGCGGUCUGGUGCGCGGAACUUCUCUCUUUCCAUGGCAGUCACUCUUUCAACUUCAACUGUCCUCAGGUUCUCUCAUUGUCGUCUUGCACUUGCAGAAGGUUCCCACCAUUCACAAACACCGCUUGGCUACGAACCCAGCCAGAACACGAUGCCCGUCCGUUCGGGCAGUCCAGCUUCCGAGUCUUUGCUAUGGAAGGCGCGUUUACUCCAGCACAAUGCACAGCUCCUCCGUGAGAAGGACGAGCUUAAAGCCCAGGUUCAGGAACUCACGCAUCGUGUGAUCGCAACAGAAGCUAGAUUCAAGGCUGUUGCAGACCUGGGCGACCGUGUUGCAGCUAUAGAAGAAGGCGAAAAGAGUCAACGGCAAGCCUUCGCUGCAUUUGAUGUUGAUUGUAGCAAGAAAUUGCACACAGUAGAAGAGAAAUAUGAACAGAUUGCUCGUCAAGUGAACGUCGCAGAAGGAAAAUUGACUGAAUUAACGGAGGAGUUCUUCAAGAGAUGCGAGCAGCAGCGUGAGAUGGAAAAACUAGUGGAUGACCGUGUGCGCGAGCUGGAUACGAUAUCCUCGCGUCUGUUCGAAACCUGCAAAGACUUCAGAACUGAACUAGAGUCUACCAAGGUAGCUGUGCGUCAAGCAAGCUCGUGUCUGAAUCUAUCAGUCUCAAAUCUUACAGAGAAGGUAGAAAAGCUUAUUGCACAGUCAAGGGCUGUGUCUCAGACUUCAAGAAAGGAGAAUGGGCUGGAAAACAGGGUCAAACAAACGUCUUCCUUUACUACUCAGACUGAUACAGUCACUUCAAGCAGCAGCCUCAGAGAGCCGCUAAAUGAUACAGAGUCUGCAAAGAGUACUGUUGCAAACAAGACAGAGAAUGCCGUAGAAUCGAAGCAGAACGCGAUGAGCGCAAAGGGAACUAAGUCGAAGGGACGAAGACAAUUAGUGCAAAGUAAAAAGGACCCCGAGUCGUAUAUGAGCAAAGCCAGUAAAAAGAAGAAUCCAAAUGCGGAAAUUAAGAAAGAUCAAAAGCCACUGAUUGUGGACGCUGCUCCCAAAUGGCGAAUGAGAACUACACGAGCUGGCCGUUCGGGAUGGUCUCAAUUUGGUACAAGGCCCGAACAUGAUGGCCUUGAAAACCAGUCCACUGAUAGACCAUUGAUGGACCCUCUUAAUGACGCGGUAGAGGGUGAGGGGCCACGAGCAGAUAUGCAGGCGAAUCGAGAGUGUAUUGAUCAAGACAACGGACGUUCUUCACGUCAACAAGAAAAUGGCCAUCUUCAGAAGAGUAAGCGAUUAAAGCUGGCACAGAAGACGAACGGAGCAAGAUAUACAGUGAAUACUCGUAUUUUCAGAGCAAUGGGUGCUAGUAAAGAAAUGUCAACUGAAGCAAAGGAAAUCGAAGCACCUGGGGUUCAGUCCUUGUUCUCUGCACGAAACCCCUCAGCGGGCCCAACAGUUUUGAAAGACGGGGCAAAGAUGUACCUGAUGCCUGUGGCCACCUUUGGGCGGUCUAAGUGGAGACGCGCGCGAGAAGCUAACCUUCCACCAACGCCUCCACCUCCAAGCCCAUGAUAGCUCUCUUGAGACUGCUUUCAUUGCUUAUGCAUAGUGCUACGUCUCUCUGAACUGAUAUGGACCGUCUCGCUCCACUACUUCAACCUCAAUAUUGCCUUCUGGAAUAUUUAUUCCAUCAACCUGAAUUCCGCAUCUCAUCUUGUCGCCUGGAUUCACUGGACCUACACCUUUCGGCGUGCCAGUCAGGACGAGGUCACCGGGUUCCAGCGUCAUCACUCUGCUAAUGUCUUGCAGCUGCCUUGGAAUCUUGUACAGCAUCAAUUCGGUGUUAUCGCGUUGCUUCAUCUGAUCGUUCACGCUAAGCCACAGUAAGGCAUUGUGUGUCGAAGCCCUUGGCUAUUGACCAAGGAAGCCCUUUCCUUUUAGCUUCGUCUUGGACAUUCCGAGCUGUGAAGUCGAUUGCCACGAGAUAGCCUGUUAGGAGAAAUGAGGC